AUGGCCUUGGUGAUGAUCGAAGGCAACUGGAUCGCCCUAAUGCCAAACCCCGAUCAGAGCCUCGGGACACGUAAGGGUGUCUUGGAGGGGGAGGAUAAGGAGCUGCUCCUCGCCUUCGCCCGUAGCCUCUACCAUAGCUCCCUAACAGAGAGGCCGUUUGCCGAAGACCUUCUCGGGCACGGGUUUCUGCACCAGUAG